AUGUUUGCAACCAUUAAAAACUACAUUUUAGGUGUCAAAGAUAGUGAUAUUAUAGUUUUUGAUGACAAUGGAGAACCAUUUGAUAUUUUAAGAACGUUUUAUGGAGUUAAUAAUAAUAAUCCAUUUCCUCCUCCUUCCAUAGAUGUUAUCAAUGACACUAAAUCAAUUUUCCCAAUAGGUAUUCUAUAUGAAUGUGGAAAACUACUUGAUGGAGAUUAUAGUAAUUUUGGUCAAGAAGAAUCUGCCAAUGGGGUAUGUAACCCAUGCAAUAGAAAAAAAGAAAGUGAAGAGAAAAAAUCAAAUCCAAUCAAAUUCAAAAAUCCACCAUUAUCUUACCGUUUAGAAAUUAGCAAUAAGUUUAGUAAUUUGGAAUAUCAAAAUGCCAAAGAAAAUGGUCUUCUAGGAAAAAGUCUAGUUGAAACAGAAAAGCCAUCAAAGCCAUCAAAAGUUGGUCUUUUCACUAGGUUUGGCCGUUGGUAA